UUUGUUGUAUUUUUCCCAGUGCAAAGAUUUAUCUGAAGUAAUUUGAAAUUAGCUUCUUAAGAUUUUAACGAAAUAUUUUCAACUAGUUGCUCUUGGACAUUCGUUGCGAAACAUUGAAAUUAUUUAAAUAGCGAACUUUCGUAAAAACGUGAUAUUUUUGCAAAAAUUAAAUAUGUAUUUACAAAAUUGUCAUUAUAGCUUCGGUUUAAUAAUAAAUAUUUUAACGGUGAUUUUCGUGCGUUGUACCGGAGCUAAUAAAUACAAUGUGUCCUUAGCGCAAAUGGAUAAAUGCAAGGAACUUACCCUACGUAAUACCGGAUAUGCAUAUACACAAUUCUUUCACAUACAUAAAAUGGAAAACAACAAAUUAAAUGCAAAUGAACGCUUGCAUUUGAAGUUCUAUGUGUUGGCAGCCAUGGACGCACAUAUCCUGUUGGCGACCAACGAUAAACCGCGCAGUAGGGAUCGUGUUUACGAAGUGGUAAUUGGCGCCGGUCAAAAUUCCUUCUCGACAAUACGUAGCAGUAUGGGUUGGCAACGUGUCUCCACAAGUACGGUACCACAAAUUUUAUCAAACUACGAUCCGACGCCCAUUGAAAUUAUACAAACAAAGGAUGGCACACUUUCGGUUUACAUAACGGGCUUUAAAAAGGAGCCGCUUUUGAAUUACACGGAUUCCGCACCUUUAGAAAUUAAUUACCUCAGUUUUAGUACGUUCGGCGUAGCCUCGGCGAAAUGGUUCUAUGAUUGUCAAUUCGAUGGCUUCGCCGAAGAAAUGGAAACAGAAGUGCAUGCCCUCGAUCCAUUACAUGCUUUGAUUGCUGAUUUAACCAAUAAAUCGGCAAAUGGGUCGGUGCCAAUGGAUCUCAAGUCGGUAAAUUUCGCCUUUCAGUUGAAAUCGGUCGCAUACAAUCACGAAAAGUCAAUACUACACACACGCUUGCAAUUAUCGUUGUAUUGGCAAGACCCCCUACUGACGUGGAAUGCAGAUGCGAAUGGAAUUCAAGCUAUAUCCUUCAGCUACAGCGAUGCGCCAAAAGGAGUUUGGAAGCCUGAUUUAAUAGUGCUCAACUCAGCUCAUCGCAUCGAUUCCCUACAUGAACCCGAUAUCGGUUUGGUGAUCUAUGCCAAUGGUAAUAUUACACUGCUCAAUACAAAUGCAGAAUUCACCACAUGGUGUGUUGAUACGAAACGAAAUUGGCCACAUGAACGUCUAAAUUGUGGACUCAUUCUGGGCUUGGAGUCAUUUUCGCCCGUUACACAUGAGCCCAUCACUUUGGCUUAUGACAACACCUUGCCACUGCCUGUGGAACCGUUCAACAUGCUAAGCGAGUGGCAUUUCAGGCAGAUAAGCCUAUCGGUGAUUGCCAGUGAUGAUAACAAUACAAAUCGUUAUGGUGAGCGCGCCAUUGCACAGACCAUGAAUGGCGAUAUAUCGUUGGAGUUUACGAUCGAACGGAAUGGUGUGUUCUACAAGAAUGUAUUCACGAUGCCGAUUUUGGCCUGCGAAACUCUCAUUAUUUUGUCCUUUCUAUUGCGUGGCUAUCGACGUGGAGGUCUGAUACUUGUGGUGUUCUUUGUAAUCGCUAUGGGUUUGAUGUUUGUGACGAAACAUGCACCGACGGCCUAUAUACCAAAUACAUUGUAUGCCUAUCAGCAUGUUAUGAGAACUGCGGCAUUCUGUUAUUUGCUGCACGUGACUUUAAUGUGGUUGGAAUUGUAUCCACCGAAGGCGAAACCUAUGGACUGGAUGAUGACUUUGAUUAAUGUAUCAGCUUUGAGGUUACUACUCUGCAUGCGAGUAGCGGAUAGCGACGAAUAUGUGAGCAUUCAGACGCAUCCAUGGCGCGAGAUGGCUAAAAUGAUCAACAAUUGCUGCUUUAUCAUCGUCAGUAUUUUGUUCGUGGUCGUCGAUAUUCUGCUGUUACCGAACUUCUAAAACAAUCGUUUACUUAGAAAUGGAUGCUAUAUAUUUUAGAAUGUACUUUAUCUGUUUAAUUGAAGUCAAAAGCCAAAUUAAUUAUUUUUUAAUGAAAAAAGUUCACUUAGCAUUUUAUUUUUGUUGUUACUGU